UGCCCUCCAACAUUCCUAGCCAUCGACUGCAAUCACCAUGCUCCUCAUUCUCGUCAUCUGCGUCUUGCUCCCGCUGGCCGCGUCCGUCUUUCUUCGGAUGGUCCUCGACUAUACCCAAGACGGCCAAGAACCACCCCCCGUCGACUUGCCUAUGCCCUUCAUCGGUCCCAUUAUUCGCAUGUGGUGGAUGGGAUUCGACUACUAUAGAAAGCAUCGCCAAUUCCCCGUCUAUACGAUCCGUCUACCGGGCAUACGGCUGUAUGUGGUCAACUCCACCUCCCUCAUCUCGGCCGUGCAGCACCAUCCUCGAACGCUCUCCUUCUCCCCAAUCCUGGCCCGGGUUGCAGCCACCUUGAUUGGAGCCAGCGACGCUGGUUGUGAAGUCUUGGGCGAUGAUGCAGAGAACGGCUUCAUCCGCCGGUUCCAUGACUUCAACCACUCCAGUUUGUCGACCGGACCUGGCUUGGAGGUCAUCCGAACAAGGUUCUGGAACCUCGUCACCUCGUCUCAUUCCAGGCAAUUCCUCGAGUCUCCCGGGUUUACCGGUAUGUAUCAAUGGAUCUCCCACGAGGUCAUGAUGGCCACCUCGGAAUCCAUGUACGGCGCGCAGAACCCGUUCCGAGAUUCUGCAACCCGCGCAGCCUGGCAGAAGUAUCAAUCCGGCGCGACGCGGCUGACCACCGGAUGCAUCCCGUCCAUCAUCGCGAAACAGGCGCUCCGUGCACGGGGGGAGGUGGUCCGGUCCUUCGAGCAGUACUACGCGGACCGGGGAUUCGAGCACCGCAAAGCCUCUCCCUACAUCAACGCCCAAUAUCACAUCUUCUCCACCAGCGGGCUGUCUGACGCGGACAUCGCCAAGACGCAGGCGGCGUUCAGCAUUGCCAUUCUGGGCAACACCAUCCCGGCCACGUUCUGGCUCAUCUACCACAUCUUCUCCAACCAAGCGAUCUUGCGCGACUGCCGCCAGGAGCUGGAGGCCGCACUCCGCCGCCACCAGACCGGACGCCCCGCCCUUGAUCUGGCCACCCUGGAGCAAGCCUGUCCGAUCCUCGCGUCCACCUUCAAGGAGACCCUGCGCAUGCACUCGAUGGGCACGUCCGUGACCCAGGUGGUCGAGGAUCAAGUGAUCGAGGGCCGGUACCUCUUCAAGAAGGGCGCCCUGGUCCUGAUCCCGGCGAUCAUCCAGCACAGUGCGCCCGCGGUGUGGGGGGCCGACGACCUGCAUGCGUUCGACCACCGCCGGUUCGUGCGCGAGAGCCACGGCCCCGAUCGCAAACGAGGUCCCAACCCGAUCGGAUUCCGGGUCUUCGGCGGCGGGUGGACCUUGUGUCCCGGGCGCCAUGUCGCCACGUCGAUGAUCCUCGGCUUCGCCGCCAGUACCAUUCUCCACUUCGAUCUGCGGCCCCGCCGCGGGGGUCAAUGGGUGAUGCCGACGGUCAAGAACUCGCACCUCGGCGUCGCCAUCGCGCAGCCCGAUGAGGACUUUGAUGUGGAGUUUCGCUGCCGGGUGACAGAGGGAACGGGUCUGCGGAUGGCAUCAUAUAGCUGAAAAAAUGGUUUAAUGGAAGGAGUCUUAGACCAAAGCCUUGAAAAAGCUUUGGCAAAGCUAUAAU